ACACAUUCUCUGGGCGCAGCGCAGCUAAGCGCGCAUCACCGCAGUUAUAACCGCAGCAUAGCGUAGUAGACAAAAAUUCAAAACAAAAAACAACAACAAAAACAAAAACAAAAAAGCACAAACUUAAGUAAAAACAACAACCACUAAAAUUACAACAACAAAGUCUAACACAACAACAAUACAAUUACUACAUCGCUCCCACUAACGACCGCAACCAACACUUCCCGGCAGCCAUACAACAACACUAGCAAUAGAAAGCACAAAAAAAAAAAACGAGAAACAUUAAGUGAAAUCCCAAAAGGCGCACGCGAAAUGGGCUGCAACACCAGUCAAGAGCUGAAAACAAAAGACGGCAACGCUGGCAGCGCUAAUGGCGAGGGUGAGCUCGCUGUCGAGGCCACCAAUGCCGCCAACACCGCAACCAGCAAUGGCAAUGUUGGCGGCGCUGUGAGUGUCGGCGAGCAGAAUGGCAAUUUGGCGGAGCAACAGAAGGCGGUUGGUGGUGGCAGCGCUGGCAGUCAAACCAGAAAGACAGCAUCCGCAGCUUCUGCCGUGUCAGCCACGUCCGCAGCAUCGGCAGGUUCGGCGGCUACGGCGACGUCAAACAAUCUCACAAAUCACUCGAAAUCAAAUUCAAUUAUAAGUAACGGUGAUGCUAACAAGCGUAGCGCCUCACGUGACGAGGGUGACGGUGGCAUACUCGAGAAGGCGUUGGCGGCUGUAAAACAGCAAUGCGAUAAAGCGGAAAUAACCGAGUUCAACGAUAUGAGCGAAUUGGGUGAAUUGGGAGAAUUGGGCGAAGAUGAAGCCAAAGCCGCCACUAAAAUCCAAGCCGUUUUUCGAGGACACAAAGUAAGAAACACCAUGAAGAAGAGCGAAACUAAAUCCACCCCCACCGCUAGCGCCAACGCUGCAUCUGCUAACAAAAUUGAUCAUAGCAAAACCGUUGCUGCGUCGGCGGCAGCUGCAGCCGCAGCCGCAGCGGCGGAGCCAACCAAAGCUGAAUURGAGGCUGAAUUCGAUCCCAAUGACAAAGAACUGUGUGACGCAGCAGCGAAAAUCCAGGCCGCCUUCCGUGGCCAUAUGACACGCAAAGUUGUGACUAAAGACACGCCCGACGAUAUCGACAUACAGGAGAUCACCAAGAAGGUGGCCGAAGAACUGGAUAUCGAUCUAAGCGAUCCGGAAUUGAAUAAAGCAGCCACCAAAAUUCAAGCCUCAUUCAGAGGCCACAAAAUUCGCAAGGAAAUAGGAACCGAAUAAGAGAAUCUUGUGCCCAUAUUUUCCUCAUUAAACAACCAAAAAAAAACAAAACAAUGUUGCAACAGAAAAAAUUAAUUAAAGAAAGCAUAAAGCAGUAAUACUAAAAUAUGGAAAAGAAUAAUUGCUAAAAAUGUUAAGUAAAUACAAUUUGAAUUAUAUAAACAAAAAAAAAAAGACAUAAAUUAAUUAAAGAAAGCAUAAUGAAGCAUAGAUAAUGAUAAACAAAAAUAUCAAGUCAUUUGUGAGGGCAAUUAUUUGGGAGAUUCAAAGCAUAUGCAACAACGUUGCCAUACACCUACAAUUGUAUACACUGAGCGAAAAAUACACAAGCUUUUCAACUGCUGAAGGACAAAGCAUAAAUAAAUAUAAAUUGUUGAGCAAAUUUUAAUAGCAAAUGAUAAAUGUUGAACAAGUAUUAACAYAAAAUAAAAAUAAAACUAAGAAAACAAAACUAAUAUUGACACUUUAUAAGGGUUCAAACCAAUGUGCGCAGUGUUGCAUUUUCGCUAAAUUAAUUCAAUAUGAAAAAUAAAUAUUAGAAACAAAAUUGCAAUUACUUUGAACUUAAAAUUUUUAUUUUAUUUUUUUUCUCAGAAAUAUUUUUAGUCUCAGCAGAAGCAAUUUUGGUCUCAACAGAACCAUUUUUGGUCUCAGAAAUAUUUUUUUGUCUCAGCAAAAAUAUUUUUGGCGCAUUUUUGUUUAGUCGCAUAUUUUUUUCACAGCACUGUUSAACGGCAUAGGGGUUUCACAACACAUUCUUUGAGCUUUAUGAUAAGUAACUGAAAUAAAUAUAUAUUUUUUAAUUUACAAAAAGUAGUAAUUAAAAUAAUAAGAUGUAUAUUAAAUAUUAUAGUCUAUGUAUUUUAGCUGGUUUGGCGAUUGUAAAGACUGCAGAGUCGCACCAGCAGAAAACAAAAGCUUUGCCAAAUUAUGUAGUUGUUGACAUUACGUAGAGCUCGCUAUAAGUUUUACUUACUAUUUUGCAG